AAUCUGAGAAGCGAGCAACUCAGAGGAGAAAACAGACAAGGACUUAGGUACUGGAUAUUGCUCUUGUUAAAUAAACUUUCAGCGAGGUGGUGGAUCAGGCAAAAUUUCUUUUCUGGAAUUUACAGUGUUUGGUGAUUUUAUUGCACUAUAGACGGACUGGACUCUGGAGCAGGAGCAUUGGGGGAAAAAAAUCACACACUGAAAGCUUUUACCAUAUCACGGACUCUCUUCAACAGCUCAAUAAUAUAAAGGCUAGGAACUCGCUAGGACUUGGGAAAUGGGAACGUGGGGGUGGUGGUGGUUCUGUGUCUUGGGGAUUCCUUCUGCUACAUGUUGGGGUACCAAACCGUGUCUGGAUGGGAUUACAGUCAAUGUAAUCCUGCUGGAGGAUGAAGAGUCUCCCUGGAGUCUGAAGUUUGUAAAAGGACAAAUACAGAAGGCCAUAGAGACAGAUUCUUACAUUAACACUGCUGAAGGUGUGAAGUUUAAUCUAACAGCCAACUAUUACGGGUUUGACACAACCUUUUAUCGACAUAGAGGCUGCCAGAGUAGCGCGUGUGAGGGAGUGGACAAGCUAAUAACCCUGAUGUACUCAGAUGACCUGGGAUGUGCCGUGCUUGGGCCCACCUGCACCUACGCUACUUUCCAUAUGGUUGAUGUGGAAAACGGUCUGGAGCUCAGUACGCCCAUCAUCUCGGCGGGAAGCUUCGGCCUCUCCUGCGACUACACGCUGAACCUGCAGCGUCUCCUGCCGCCGGCACGCAAGAUCAUUGACCUGUUGAUCAACUUCUGGAAAAACAACAACCCGAUCAAACCUGAGUGGACGACGGCCUACGUUUACAAGAAACAGAGCAACACAGAGGAUUGCUUUUGGUAUAUAAAUGCAAUGGAUUCAGACUCCAGCAAGUUUGCCUUUCAUAUUCAAAAAGAGGUGCUGCGCAAACCAGAAGACCUGAAAACUGUACUUACAUCACCCCAAAACAGGACAAGCAACUUGUUCAUCAUGUGUGGAUCACCAAUGGACGUAGUGGAGAUGAAAAAUGAGUGCAAAAAGGCAGACGACAGUGACAUUCUCUUCAUCCUUAUUGAUCUCUACAAUGAUGUAUACUACACCAACACAUCGUCAAUGCCAUCCAUGAAGAAUGUGUUGGUGUUGACUAUGCCCAACACCAGAAACUACACUAUAAACGCAGACCUGCAAGGCAACAACACGAUGAAUGAUUACAUGGCUGCAUACCAUGAUUCAGUGCUGCUGGUAGGCGAGGUGAUGAGGAAUAUAGCUGAAAUACCUCAGUCAGACAUUCAACAGAUGGAGUUUGUGAAUGCGAAUUAUUUCAGAAACAUCUCCUUUAAAGGAUCUGCUGGACCCUACAAGCUGGACAUACAUGGAGACAGAGAUGUGACUCUCUCAUUCAUUUACACCACCACUGACAACAAGUACCGAACUUUAUUUACAUUUGACACUGAGUACAACAAAACCACCGUGAUUGAUAAAGACCCUUCCUUCAUCUGGGGAAAAAUGCUUCCUAAUUCCAUACCAGACACAGCUUCAGGCAUGGCAUUUCAUGACAUCAUUGUCAUCGUGUUGGCUGUUACAGUGGUUGUGGUGGCCACCAUCGCCUUCAUUUUCUACAGACAGAACAGGAGGGAUCGUCUGCUGAGGAAGCGCUGGUCCCACAUCGACUUCGAUCUCAUCACACUGCUGGAGAACAACGAACUCAGUGUCGUGUCUCUUAAGAUUGAAGACGAGAGGGAAGACCUGAAUUCCAAGAUCCGCUGUGCAUUCUAUGACAGAAAGAUUGUGAUUCUGAAGGAGCUCAAGCACUCAGAUGGGAACUUUGACGAGACGCAGAGGAUAGAACUUAAUGCGCUCCUGCAAAUCGACUAUUACAACCUCACAAAGUUUUAUGGCACAGUGAAGUUUGAUCAGGGUGUGUUUGGAGUGUUUGAGUACGGAGAGAGGGGGUCACUCAGGUAUGUGCUGAAUGACAAGAUUUCAUACCCAGAGGAGACCUUCAUGGACUGGGAGUUCAAGAUCUCCGUCAUGUACGACAUUGCCAAGGGCAUGUCCUAUCUCCAUGCCAGUGACAUCCAGGUGCAUGGUCGCCUCAAGUCCACCAACUGUGUGGUGGACAAUCGUAUGGUGGUGAAGAUCACAGAUUUUGGCUGCAACACCUUCCUAAGCCCCGGCAGAGACUUGUGGACUGCUCCGGAGCAUCUGAGGAAACAGGGCACCUCGCAGAAAGGAGAUAUCUACAGCUUUGCAAUCAUCGCUCAGGAGAUUGUUCUCAGAAAGUGCACCUUCUACACCGAGGGCUGCUCCGACCGAGCAGAAAAGCUGUCCAGGGUCAUCAUGUCCUACUUUAGACCUGAUCUUAACUUUGAGACAGCUUCAGAGAAUGAAUUAGAGGUGUACAUGUUGAUAAAAAGCUGUUGGGAUGAGGAUCCAGAAAAAAGACCUGACUUUAAGAAGGUAGAAAACAGUCUGGGGAAGAUCAUCAGUAAAAUUCAUAACCAGGACAAUGAGAGCUACAUGGAUAACAUGAUCAGACGGCUGCAGAUGUAUUCCAGAAACCUGGAGCACCUGGUAGAAGAGAGAACGGCCCUCUACAAAGCUGAGAGGGACCGAGCAGACUGCCUCAACUUCAUGCUGCUUCCUGGCCCAGUGGUGAAAAGCCUGAAGGAGACUGGUGUGGUGGAGCCAGAGCUGUACGAGGAAGUGACAAUAUAUUUCAGUGACAUCGUCGGUUUCACCACUCUGUGCCAGUACAGCACACCGAUGGAAGUUGUGGACAUGCUCAACGACAUCUACAAAGGCUUUGAUAGCAUCGUCGACCACCACGAUGUAUACAAGGUAGAGACGAUUGGCGAUGCCUACAUGGUGGCCUCCGGGCUUCCUGAGCGAAAUGGGAACAGGCAUGCGGUGGAUAUCUGCCGCAUGGCGCUGGACAUCUUGGCCUUCAUGGGUACCUUCCAGCUCCGGCACCUGCCCGGUAUCCCUGUGUGGAUUCGCAUCGGCGUUCACUCAGGUCCCUGUGCAGCAGGUGUUGUGGGGAUAAAAAUGCCCAGAUAUUGUUUAUUUGGAGACACGGUCAACACAGCAUCUCGAAUGGAGUCUACAGGACACCCCCUGCGGAUCCACGUCAGUCAGCCCACAAUAAAUAUCCUGCAGAGGACAGACCGCAAGUUUGAGUAUGAGAUCAGGGGGGAAACAUAUCUGAAGGGUAAAGGCACAGAGACAACCUACUGGUUGACAGGUGAGACGGGCGAAGACUACAACCUCCCAGCUCCACCCACAACGGAGAACUUCCAGCGGCUCCAGCAGGACCUCGCCCACAUGAUCCUGUCAUGUCUGGAGCGCCGCUCUCGAGGCUCUGUCCGGAGGAAGAAGCCACUUGCGAGCCAGACUAAGGAAGACAACAAGGACCAAGAGUCAGAGGUGGAGUCUGAGAGCGACCACCCUGAGUACCUGCAUCUGGCCAUUGUGGAUAACACACUCAGUACCUUCCUCUAGUACAAACCUACUGUAGAGUACAUCACUGCCAUAAUAUGACUGGAUGUUAUUACACUAUUAAGUAAGAGUUGGAAAGUAACCAGCCGGUAGAGGCAGAGAGGGAAGAAAAGACCAUAGCACUGUGCACUAUGCAUUUACAUACACAUUACAAAAUAAGAGCCUUCUUUAAGAUCUAAAAGUCUCGGUACGGAUGUAUUUGCCAGUAGUUGCAUAAGAUGGACAAGGAUGUGAUAAGUGCUUGGUUUUAUUCCAGGAUAUAUUUCUGAUGUGCAGCUGACAUGACUCUGCAUUAGGAAUGAGGUUCUCCUGCCUUGUCCUUGCUUUUUUUGUUCUCCUUAUUGAAUCCCUGGUUAGAUGUGCACAGAUGUGAAGAUAACAGGGAGUCAAGCAGCGACUUGACCUUUGUUAUAAAAUGAGUUCUAUGACAUGUUUGUAAAAGUAAAAAUGUUCUUUACUGAGUGAGAGACACUUUUAUCAAACAAUUUACUCUUAUUUACAGCAAUGGACUGUAUAGAGCUAUAAUGGAUGCUUUGUGUAGAAAUAACCAACCAGACAUAAGGAUUUAACGUACAUGUAAUGUAUGUGAUUUAAAUAUCUUUAAAUUGCCCUAAUAUGUCCUGUUUUUCCCUUCAGCAAUUAUCAUGUGAAAUUAACAAUCAUCUACAAUAUUUAUAAUAAAAUAAACUGCUGCAGAAAGGACAAA